GGCAAUGCGAAUUCAAUGCCAUUGGCAGUCAACAGCAGUGGACGCGCGGACAAAUUGCUGCAAAAUGGCCAUAACCACCAACAGCUGAGCGGCAACAACGAAAGCGGCUAUAAUAAUAAUAAUAACAGCAACAACAACAACAACAACAGUGCCAACUACAAUAAAUACAAUAAUAGCAACAACAGCAGCAGCAGUAAGACAGUGAUGAUGACCACCAAUGCCAUUAGCAACAAACACAGUAACAGCAACAACAAUAAUAGUAACAACCACAGCAACAGCAGUAAUAGUCUUUGCAGUAACAAAAGUAACGCUACUGCGAACAUAGCCAGCGCCAAGCCGAUAAAUAACAGCAAUAGCAAAAGCAACAACAACAACAACAACACCACCACCAAUAGCCAUAUAGCUACUAAAAACGGACUAAACUAUGCGAACAGCAAUGAUGGUUACGCCAGUUUACUAGUCGCCAGCGACGUUACUAGCACAGCGCCUUUCAGAGUGGUAACGGCCGCGAAGACGCCAACAGCUGCAACAGCAAAGGCUAAGCCGACAACAGCCGUGCCAAAAGCAACCGCCACGGCACCGGGUGCAGCCGUGCGCGUCAAGAAACAGUCUACCAGUUCAACAAUUACAACAACAACAACCUCGUCCAGUAUAAGCGCUACCGAACACAACGAAACGACCACGCCGGCGACGACUGCGACGGCAGCGGUGACGACGCCGACACGGGGCAACGGUAACGGCAAAGUCAGCCAAACGUCAAAAAGUGGCGAUACCAAGUCGGCACAGAGUGGUAGCGUCGAGCGUCGCGGACGCACCAGUUCACAUCAGUCGCACUAUUCGACGGACAAAAGCGGCUCGUCCGGUUACUACAGUUCGAACGUUUGCUCUACAUAUUCACUAGACGAGCAUAUCUACUGCGAACCGGUUAUAGAUAUCCUAGACGUGAGUCGCACGAAUACUGGUGCUAACGGGGGCGCUGGUAAGGCUAGUAAAAGUGCACGCUCCGAGUGUACGAAUACAAAAGCCAACGUCAAUAGUGGUGAUAAUAGCAAAAGUAAUCAAACAACAACAGAAAUGAGCAGUAAAGGUGGUGGCGCAACAAAACGUUGUUACGGACGACGCAACGCGACAGCGGUGGCAAGUCGCAAUGGCGAAAGUGGUAUUGCGGGUUGUAGUGACCUGGACGGUGAGGAUGAUUGUGAUGGCGAUGCAGAGGAUGAGUCUGCGGCGGCCGUGGUGGCGCGGCGUGGCAACAGCAAGGCUGGACGCAAGAAUCAAGCAGUCGCAGAGACCGCCUUCGGCGCGGAUAAAAUACCCGCUAGCUUACAGUUCUUAUUACAACGACAAACCUCCGAUGAGUAUGCCAACUCACAGCACUUCAGCGAGAAUCUGCGCAUACUUGAGACGAGCAUAGAGAAUCUCGAUCGUCAUUUAAAGAAUUUUCCAAGUCUGAGUUCCCACGAACACAUCGCUGCAUUUGUACAGGCACAUCAUCAUCACCAUCAUCAUCAUCUUGCGUACCUGCAAACGCCAACGUCCGUAGACACGGGCGAGAAGUUGGCUACGCGCGUGCCACCGCAUGUGACGCAACAUCAAUUGCCCACCAUUAUGGAAGGUUACGAUCCCGCCAAUCAACCACGUCGUUCAUGGCCCGAUGACAUGGUGGAUGAUUCGCUGCUCGACAUUGACCUCGACUCAUUUCUGCUAGUCAACGAACGUAAAGCCGGCGGUAUUGGCAAGACGACACGUAAGUUGUCGCUGCAUGCUGUUGGCGGCAUCGAUAAUCCCACUUUUCUCACCGAGGAGCAGGAAGAGGAGAAUAAUUAUAAGUGUGCGAAAUACAUCAAUUCCUGCCCGGAUGAUGCGUAUCAUGUCGAAAGUGAUAUAGUUGCUGGUACUGGCACCGUCUCGGAGAAGUCCGUCUCGGUGGCCGACCACUAUAUGAAACGUUACGAGGAUCAGCUGCACUUUCAGAGCACACGUGAACUGCUCGAAGAUGUGCGCGAUAAAAUACGUUUACUCUCGCAGGCGAGCGGCAACACCAGCCGCAGUGGCAGCGCCAAAACGCAUAGUCCUGAAAUGUCAUUGAGUGUGACCACACCCACCGAGCAAUUGCCGCGCGAAUUGGAGGGCAUGAUCAAGACGCUGAAAACCGAACUAGAAAACUAUUUAGAUCGCAUGAAUCAGCAUAGUGAAUUGGAGAUACGUCAACUGUGUAGCGGUCUUGUGCGCAAUCACAAUAUCGUCAAAAUGACGAAGGCCUUCGAACGUCGUCGCUCAACGCACAGUCUCGGUACAAUUGAAUCGGAUUACGGUUAUGUCGGUGGUAACUACGAAGCAAUUCGCGAUGGCGUGCCAUCAAGUAUACGCGAACAAAUCGUUUCCAUACGCUGCGCGAGUGAUCCGAAUUUCAAAAUGAAACGCAAAUCGCUUACCGAAGUCUUUCCUGUCGCCGAUUGUUAUGCAGAGUCGGAAAAGUUGCAAACGCCCACGACUCAGAUAGCACAACAGCAACUACGUCCUUCGUUACCGCGUCGCGAUCGUGUGGAGCAACGACAACGCGAGCUCGAUCAAAACGUGAUCACUUUACAUGUGCCUACCACACAAUUGCAGCGUAAUUUGUCCUUCCAACAGCCGGUACUGAACAAAUUAGAUGCGAAGUCAUUGCAAACGCCGCCGACCGACGCCGAAAUCAGCGGUAAGGGUGGCAACGCGAAUGGCGCCGGUGCUGCGAGCGGUAACGGUAACGGUAGUGGCGCUGAAUCCGGCGAAUCGGGUGAUAAGGACUCCAUUCUGGAAUGGCAUCGAAAGAAGCCGAGUAUUUGGGAAAUGUACUACGGCACGAAUCGCAUGAAUCAAUCGUUGCUGGGCAAGCGCAACGGCAUGGUCACAAACAACAACAAUCAGGUUCCGAUGUCCUAUCCAUCAUCACGUCCUGAGUCCGACUUCACUUUGGACCUGCCACGUGCCGAGCAGCUACGCAUCAAAAUGGAAAAGGAAAAGAAAUUCCGCCAAAGAUGUCGCUACAUCACAACAUUUCUGAGUCUGGUCUUCUUCUUGCUCACCGUUAUGGUGGUCAGUUUGGUGUUGACGCGCGGCAAGCGCAUGUUUGGCAGCAUGAUUUAAAGCAAAAG